AAAAACAACCCAAAAGCAAAAUUCUGCUUCCAUCGCAGGCUGCAUGCAUCGCGGUGCUGACGCGCCGCUGCAAAGAGCCCACUUGGCGCUUUAUAUGGCACCGAGAAACCGUGCGUCUCCAAGUAUGAGGAGCGGGCGACUCAGACCCGCGCCGGCCCGUCGCGUGACUUACAUUCUGACGCCGCCUCAUUGGCCCAAACGCGCAAGGUGCGCUAAAAAACAGCCAGCGCACCAUACAAACCCAAAGACAUAAUUACCAACACCACUUGGCAGGACCGAAUUUUCGUUGUUCGCGAGAGACGCCCGCACAAGCGAAUUUGGUGUUGAGAGCAUGCAGCUUGUCUCGGUCGUCGUGCUCGUUGUCCUGAGCCUCGCCAGCUUCGUCGCUGCCUACAACGACAACCGCGACGUUCUCGUCAAGAAUGCGCUCGGCGAGUUCACCGAAGACUUUGCGCGGUCGGAAAACGAUGCCUACAAGGCGAUCCGAACCGACUUUGGCUUGCCGCUGCCCGGCCACACGACGGCGCCCGUGACCGACGCCGAGUACAUGCACGCAAUCACUGUCGUUCAGAGCCUCGGCAAAGUUGCGGACCAGCGCGCCGCUAUUGACAGCGUCCGCGCCGUCAUGGCACGAAUGACAAAGACGGAGCUGCUUCAGUUCAUGGGCGAGUUUGACACGGAGACAACCACGAAAUUUGUGGCCCUCGGCGCGGCUUUUGCCCGCAACAAUACGACUGUCCGCAUGGAGGCGUCCUCCGACGACGCGAUGCAAGCCAGCGACGUAGGCUUCGAAAUGUCGGCCAUCGGCGCAGCGAUUGUCGUCGCGUCCGUUCUCGUCGGUGUCGUGCUCGUCGUCCGAAUGCACCGCCACGAAGGCGACGCUGCCAUCAUCGCGCACGUGCUCCGAGCGAUUCAAGACAAGGAUAAGAGCCGCCACCAGCACGAAAAGGCUGCCAAGACGAUCGUUGUCGUUGUGUAGUGCAUUCCCACAUCGUCCCCCACCAUCAUAGUUUACUAGCCAUCCAACUUUAACUUAAGACUCUUUUUAAACCAGUCGACCCGCGUCAA